GCGUUCCGGAAAUGAGUCGCUCUACCAGUACCUAAGAUGGCCGCCGGCCCAUCCACCGUCGCGAUCGGUGUGAGGAAAGUGUCACGAACCCGGAAUUGCCCGACUCCGUCAUGGCAGGCGCCGGGGGCGUGGCUUCCGGCGGCCACAGCUUGCUAGUCGCCGCGGCGGGGUCGAGCGGGGGCGGCAGCUGACAGGCGCUCCUCCCCCGACGGCAGCGGCUGGUUCCCAGCGAGGCGGGCGGCCCCCAGCUCGCGUCCCCGAGUCCUAGCCCGCGAGGCGCCAGGGCUGCGCCUGGGCAUGGAAGAGGGGAAGAUGGACGAGAAUGAAUGGGGGUACCACGGAGAGGGCAAUAAGAGCCUGGUGGUGGCCCACGCGCAGCGCUGCGUCGUGCUGCGGUUUCUGAAGUUUCCUCCAAAUAGGAAGAAGACCUCGGAAGAGAUAUUUCAACACCUGCAGAACAUAGUGGACUUUGGGAAAAAUGUCAUGAAGGAGUUUUUGGGGGAGAACUAUGUUCAUUGUGGGGAGGUCGUUCAGCUACCUUUAGAGUUUGUGAAACAGCUUUGUUUAAAGAUACAAUCUGAAAGACCAGAGUCUCGCUGUGACAAGGACCUGGAUACUCUCAGUGGUUACGCUAUGUGCCUUCCUAAUUUAACCAGACUCCAAACCUACCGCUUUGCAGAGCACCGGCCGAUUCUGUGUGUAGAGAUUAAGCCAAAAUGUGGGUUUAUUCCUUUCUCGAGUGAUGUCACGCAUGAGAUGAAGCAUAAGGUCUGUCGAUACUGCAUGCACCAGCACCUCAAGGUAGCAACUGGGAAGUGGAAGCAGAUCAGCAAAUACUGUCCCCUUGAUCUCUACUCAGGAAACAAACAGAGAAUGCACUUUGCCUUGAAGAGUUUGCUGCAGGAGGCACAGAACAACUUGAAGAUAUUUAAGAAUGGUGAGCUGAUUUACGGCUGCAAAGAUGCCCGGAGCCCCGUGGCUGACUGGAGCGAGCUUGCACACCACCUGAAGCCGUUCUUCUUCCCUUCCAAUGGCCUGGCCAGUGGGCCCCACUGCACAAGGGCUGUGAUCAGGGAGCUGGUGCACGUGAUCACACGGGUGCUGCUGAGUGGCUCGGACAAGGGCCGGGCAGGCACCCUGAGUCCGGGGCUCGGGCCUCAGGGCCCGCGAGUCUGCGAAGCCAGCCCUUUCAGUAGGAGCCUUCGCUGCCAAGGAAAAAACACCCCAGAGCGCUCGGGGUUACCGAAGGGCUGUCUUCUGUACAAAACCCUCCAGGUGCAGAUGUUGGACCUGCUGGACAUCGAAGGCCUCUACCCUCUGUACAACCGGGUUGAGCGAUACCUGGAAGAGUUUCCCGAGGAGAGAAAAACCUUACAAAUAGAUGGGCCUUAUGAUGAAGCAUUUUACCAGAAGCUGCUUGACCUUUCCACUGAGGAUGACGGGACAGUGGCCUUCGCGCUAACGAAGAGUUUCAUUUCAUCAUCCAGGCUGGAGUGCACUGGCAUGAUCAUGGCUCACUGCAGCCUUGACCUCCUGAGCUCAGGUGCAGCAGUACCGCGUCGCCAUGACUGCCAAGGACUGCUCCAUCAUGAUUGCACUGUCUCCCUGUCUGCAGGAUGCCAGCUCUGAUCAAAGGCCUGUCGUCCCUUCAUCGAGGUCCAGGUUUGCCUUUUCCGUGUCUGUGCUGGACCUUGACCUCAAGCCCUACGAGAGCAUUCCCCAUCAGUAUAAACUGGACGGCAAGAUCGUCAACUAUUAUUCAAAGACUGUACGUGCCAAAGACAACGCCGUGAUGUCGACUCGUUUCAAGGAAAGCGAAGAUUGCACAUUAGUUCUCCACAAGGUCUAACUAACUCUUUCCGUGCAGUGUCUUUGAAACUUGAACAUAGAAUGUGAAGGCUGAAUGAUAGAGAUAUUUUCUGUUGUGUUGGGUGACCUUUGGUUGUGAAUGUUUUUGCUUUUAACCCCUUUUGAGGUGGGAUUGCCUCUUGGAGACAUGGAAUUGAAGAGCACUAGAAACAACUUCCUGGACAAGGAAUGUAGGACGUGAGUGCUGUGUCCCAGGAAGCUGCUCACACUCUUAAAAUGGAAGUGUCCGUUAAGCCCUGGGAAGACCUUCUGGAUAGUUCUUCCUUCCCAACCAGGGCUCAUGUCUGAUUCUCUAAUGCGAAAAGCCUUAUUCUAAGACCCAAGGUUUGGAUCUGCUACCACCAGACUCCUAACAUAGAAAACUUGAAUUGUCACAUACAUUUUACAGUUUGGACUUUUAAGAAAACAUGGAUACUACUGGAACUUCCCCCAGCUGAGUUACAUGGUCACUUUUUCAGUGCAAGUCACAUAUCAACACAGGUUUUUAGGUGGUUCCCUGCUGCACAGCGUGACCUCGUGGUCAUGCAGACGCCGAUUCUGAGCAGUGUAGACUCAGGGUCCCUGUGGAGGUGCUGAAGCCCACAGUUCCACACAGGGCAGCAGGGAGCGCAAGACUCAGGUCAGGAUGGACACCACUCAUGCGAGCAUUGACCUUUUUUUUUUUUGCUUUACAAUUUAAUCUUUCACAUGAGGGGGAGAUGAGCUGUUCUUUCCCACUAAAAAUUGCUGCUGUAGAAGUUGGAGGUGGAGCUGUGACUGGCUGAGCUGCUGUGGCCGGGCUGGGCAGUGUGCCCCAACAGCUCAGUGCUUUCCUGACACUCCAGUGUCUGGGGUGGUUGAGGAGCGAGUUCUCUCUUCCUCCCAGACCAAGUUCCUCCCUCGGGUUUGCCUUGAGACGUGUUGCGUUUUUGGGCCCCGUGGCCUCUCCCUGUUAGGCUGCCACAGGCCCUGCUUCUGGAAGGUGAACAGCUCCUGGCUGCUGCCGAGAGGGUUCUCGUUGGGGUCACCAAAGUGUGCCCGGCUGCUAUGAAAAACGUUGGGAAUCUUGGUUUCAGUUUUUUAUUCUAUGCUAGGUUGUACAGACUUAUUUAUAUCAUCGUUUUGAGGGACUAAUGGAGGCUUAUUGUAACAUAUAAUAUUAGUGAAACCAUGGAAUUAUAUGAAAAUGAUACAUGAGAAAUAAGGAAACUAUUUUGCUGAUUGUAAAUUUUUGUGGGAAAUUUUGUGAUAACUUGAGAAUUAUACUUGUUUGAAUCAAGGCAA